AUGACACAGUGGAAGCACUUGUCCAGCAUACAAUUAGCGGAUGCACAAUUCGGCGUUCCCGGUAAUAUCGACGUGCUAAUUGGUGCUGACGUAUGGGGUCAAGUUGUCGAAACUGACUUCAAAUUUGGCGGUCCUUGUGAGCCGCACGCUCAACGCACUGCUUUCGGGUGGGUCAUAUUUGGCCCAGUUUCUGCAGCACAACCUUCAACGUUGCCAACUCUCGCAUUAAGUACGCAGCUAUGCGACGAGGACAUACACUUGGAGGAACUGCUCCGAAGUUUUUGGAAGUUAGAGGAAGUGCCCUCCCUAGAAUAUGAUGGAGAUGCCGAAUGCGAACGAAUUUUUUGUAACACCCACUCUCGCACACCUGACGGACGCUACGUUGUAUGCAUACCAUUUCGUCCUGAUGCGCCGGCUUUGGGAGAUUCUUAUACUCAUGCAUUACGACAGUUUUACCUUCUUGAGAGGCGACUGGCAGCAAAUAGUGAACUCCGGGAGAAAUACAUUGCUUUUAUGCGCGAAUAUGCAGACCUAGGCCAUAUGGAGCGCGCAUACUCAUUGAACGAUAAUGAAACGGGCUUUUAUAUCCCGCAUCAUGCAGUUUUGGGGAAGUUUCGCGUUGUGUUCAAUGCCUCGGCGAGAACUACAACCGGCGUCUCCCUGAACGAAGUUCAGCUGGUAGGAACGACAAUACAAGAUCCGCUACUUAACAUAAUAUUUCGCUUUCGCCGCUUUCGCAUCGCAUUGUCUGCCGAUGUUGAGAAGAUGUUUCGACAGGUACUUGUUAAACCCGAGCAUAGAGAUUUUCAGCGCAUUAUUUGGAGAGAGUCCCCAACCGAUGACAUCACUAUAUACCGCCUUACAACGGUGACUUAUGGUAUGGCUAGCAGUCCCUACAACGCGGUCCGCGCACUCAACCAAUGCGCAUACGACAACUACAAAGUGGUCGCUGAUAGUCAACAAUCGAUAGCGGCACGCGAUGCGAUCUUGUCGUCUUUUUAUGUCGACGAUUUUCUUACCAGCUGUGACACUGAAGAAAAUGCAACUGAACUUGCAUUCAACGUGACUUCCAUAUUGUCUGAAGGCCACUUCCAUUUACGUAAAUGGAAUUCCAAUAGUGGUGAAGUAUUAGCACGCUUGAUUGGCAACCGUUCUCCUAACGUAGAGAUGACCAUCGAAUCACCAACAGCAACUGUACUUGGGCUUCGAUGGGAUGCAGCAGCAGAUGAGCUAUUUUUCAAGGUAGAUCUGAAAGAGAGCUUAGGCUUCCUAACGAAGCGACGGGUACUAAGUGCCGUCGCAAAAUUAUUCGACCCUACCGGCAUACUGGCACCAGUUGUUAUUACUGGAAAAAUAUUCAUACAAAGGUUGUGGGCGGCUGGCUUGUCAUGGGACGAACCACUGCCAGAUGAACUUCAAACCACCUGGGUAGCCUUUUACAGCGAACUCGACGUAAUAAACAAAAUCCGGAUUCCGCGAUGGCUAGGUAUGGCUGAAGGAAGAGCUACUACCCUGCUAGGAUUUUGCGAUGCCAGUACGCUCGCGUAUGCAGCUGUAAUAUAUAUUAGAGUCACAGAUGCGGAAGGUCAUUCAGCUGUAUCACUGCUUACGGCUCGUACCAAGGUGGCGCCCCUUAAAGGAGCAACGAUCCCGCGUCUGGAGCUUUGUGCCGCACAUUUGCUCGCUGUUACCCUCGAAAACGUACGUAUUUCCUUGAGAUUAACAGAUACUCCUUAUUACCUCUGGUCUGAUUCUCGGAUUGUGUUGUGUUGGCUACGCAAGCCGCCCACUACUCUAAAGCCGUUUGUGUCGAACCGGGUGCAUCAAAUACAUGAGUUAACCUCACCAAACUGUUGGCAUUAUGUAAGAUCAGCUCAGAAUCCGGCAGAUUGCGCCAGUAGAGGUAUUCGGGCAUCGCAGCUGCUGGAUCAUCCACUGUGGUGGCAGGGCCCAGGAUGGAUUAUGGAUAAGCAUACACCCAACUUCUCUGUGAUUGAAUUAAACGACGAGGAGCACAAUAUUCUGCAAAGCGAACAAAGAGUUUCCUCCUUCGUAGCGACAACAACCCAUCAGCCAGCUCUCACUACUCGUCGACGUGAUGGCCAGAUGAUUCCGUUGAGUGAGCGCUUCAGUUCACUUCUGCCACUCGUGCGUACGGCAGCACUUCUUCUACGUUGGCUUCCAACACGGCGGCAUUUGCGUACAUUGGUAGUCAGCCCAACAGAAAUCGACAACGCUCUUAAUAUACUGAUUCGAAAUGAGCAACACGAGAACUUUGCAGUUGAUUUGGCCCAAAUCCGAAAAGGAACUGGCGUAUCUAGUUCCAGCAAGCUAAAGUCAUUGAAUCCAUACAUGGAUGACACAGGCGUUCUGCGCGUCGGAGGCCGCAUCAGUAAGGCUGAUCUGCCAGAAGAUAGGCGGUUCCCCAUAAUCUUACCUAAACACGGUAGACUAGUCGAGCUGAUAAUCAGACAUGCACAUGAAACAACGCUUCAUGGUGGACCGCAACUGGUACUCCAAACUCUACGCUCGCGUUAUUGGAUAUUGAAUGGUAGACAAGCCGUUCGAAGUUACGGACAGAAGUGUGUUAUCUGCCGCCGACACCGUGGCGUGACUCUUUCGCAGCAAAUGGCAUCAUUACCAAGACAACGUAUCAGUACUUCACGGGCGUUUGUGUCUUCAGGGGUCGACUAUUGCGGUCCGUUUACGGUGCGCGUUGGCGCCAAACGGUCACGCACCAAG